AGGCGCCGCAGCGCUCGGCCGGCGCCAUGGCCCGCGGGGCGCUGCUCGGUGCCGUGGCCUGUCUGUGCUUCCUGGCCCCUGUGGCCGACGCCUUCAAGAGGAGGGGACCCAGCGUGACAGCCAAGGUGUUCUUUGAUGUGAAGAUUGGAGACAAAGAUGUUGGCAGAAUUGUAAUUGGAUUGUUUGGAAAAGCUGUCCCAAAGACCGUGGAGAACUUCAUUGCGUUGGCAACUGGAGAAAGAGGAUAUGGAUACAAAGGAAGUAAAUUUCAUCGUGUGAUCAAAGACUUCAUGAUUCAAGGAGGAGACUUUACAGCUGGAGAUGGAUCAGGAGGAAGAAGCAUCUAUGGAGAAAGAUUUCCUGAUGAGAACUUCAAGCUCAAACACUAUGGAAUUGGAUGGGUUAGCAUGGCUAAUUCUGGGCCAGACACCAAUGGAUCCCAAUUCUUCAUCAGUGUGACAAAGCCUUCCUGGUUAGAUGGAAAACACGUAGUAUUUGGCAAAGUCCUUGAUGGAAUGUCUGUGGUGCACUCGAUAGAACUCCAGCAGACAGAUGAACAUGAUCGGCCCCUUCAAGACUGUGUGAUUGUGAACAGUGGCAAAAUAGCUGUGAAGGAACCCUUUGUAGUUGAAGUUGGUGACUGGUGAGAGCAAUAGUCAGAAUGAAAAGUACAACUUAUCUUUAAUGCUGGUUUUUGACCAAUCUCACUGAUCCACCAAGUUUUCUCCUCAAAACAGCUGAGGUUACAUUUAGGCAGUACUUAUCAUUUGCCACAUACAGAAGGGAUAUAAUUAUUUCUAUAAUAACUUGUUGGAGCUGCAAGACAUAUCCCACCAAAUUCUAGAUCUUGCAGAAAAAGUCUUUAAUGAAAAAUUAUAGCAGUAAUUCCAUUUUUCCAGGGUUUGAAAUACAUUAAUUUUGUUCUGUUUGGAAAUUUUAGCAAUAUUUGUUUUUGUCUUUUCAACUGAAAAUAUUUACUGUAACACUACCAGCAGUUCUAAAAACUUAAAAAAAAAAAGGUAAAAUAUAGAAGUGUUUUGAAUAAAUAAAGUUUGCUUUCAGAUAAAUACUUGAGAGCAUUUUUUACUUCAGCCCCCAAACUUUUUUCUCACCUCAAUUGAUUCCACAUUAUAUGCAGGGGGUAUUGCUUUUCAGGAGAUAAGGUUGUAAGGUUAGAGCAGAGAUGGUAAAUUUUCCUAAUAUACCUAAUCUAAACAUGUCAGUCCCUUCUGUCUUUCAGAAAACCACAGUAUUGAGAUACCAUUCUGUGAUCAAGAACAAGCAGCUUUUCUGUCUUAUUAUUAAAUAAGGCAGUCUGUUAGAAACUGAUUAAAACAGAAGAAUUCUUGUUUUGGUCAAUUUUGUAACAAUUAAUGUUAGUUAUUUUAAAGCUCAAACACUUUUUCUUUAUGUUUUGCUGUAAGUUUGAGAAUUUUGGGUUCAUUUUUUUGGUGAUGCUUCAUAAAUAAAUAACUCUUAAGCUUACAACUGGUAGCUUUCAGAGGAGGUCAGUGUAGGGUAACACUUAAGAGACACCUAUGUUAAGUUCAGUGCAGAUAUGUGGAUUUUUUUGUUUUGAGUUGACUGUUUUAGGACUCAAGGUGGAAGAGGCAGUGCCAAGAUCUGAUGAAGGGCUCAUCCACCUGUAACACAGGCAGGCAGCACACUACUCCUCUUUGAAGUGACUCAUUUCCUGAAGGGUGUCCUGAAGGAGCUCUGAGGUGUAUCCAGAGCCAAAGUGAUUCAGGGCAGAAGAGACUGCUACAGCACAGAGCUUGUAUGUACCUACUGGCAUUCCACUCAAACGGAAACAGGAAAAAACUGUCGGCAGGGAUUUACCCUAGGUUCUCCUGAAAUAUCAUUUGCUGUUAGAGGAUGCUCCUGCUGGUUCUUCAUCCACAGCCCUGGGGCCUCUCCUGAAGGUAAAUACUGACACUCCUUUUCAGAGACCUGUGAAAGGAUUACUGUCCUCUGCAAACAGAACUGGAGGAGAACUUGGCAAGGGCCUCUAAAUUUGUCUAGGGCUAGGCAAUCAGAUUUCCAUUUUGCCUCUGAUCACUUUUCUUUCUAAUAGCUGUUUAAAGUAAAAUUCUCUGAAAAGCAGCUCUGGGAGCAGGAGUGCGAAUGCCUCAGUCUGCCAGUAGCUGAAAGCUCUCCUGGAGGCUGAGCUUACAGACCUCAUAAAGAUACGAUACCUGAGCAAGUGCUGCAGUCAUAGGCCUACCUUGUUUUGAAGUCCCGGCUUUCCACUCUCCCCAGAUGGCUUCCAAACACAUUUACCAUUUAGAGCAACCUGUGUGUCUCCAGGAUCUGACUUAAUGUUUGUGCCCAGCUUUGCCAUUGCUGGUUUUGUGUUAUGCUCCCUUCUGAUGAUGAGCCCAGUGACUUCCUCUGUGUUCUAUUAACCUUAAUUUUUUUCACCAAGACAUACGGUUCUGUAAGGCUACCAUGUUCAGCUAAGGCUUUAAAUGAGCAGACACACAGGUAUUUUCUCACACUUCAUGGGAAGACAGACAUCUGAGACCCAUCUCAGAGAACAGAAUCUCAGAAAAAUUUCUAUAGAAAAAUUUCACAAAAAAAACA